CUCAAAUACAGCUUCUUGUCUUGUCUGCGAUUUAGUAAACAAAGUUUAUUUGAACAACUGGAACAGUGCAGUCUUAAAUACUCCAAUACAUAUUCUCACAGCCAAGAUGAGUAACGACUUGGACUACAUGUUCAGGCCGAUAGUUCUGGUGACGGGGUUUGGUCCGUUCGCGAACCACCCGGUGAACGCGAGCUGGGAGGCGGUCCGGCGGAUGGACAAGGAUGAGAUCGAGAGGAAACACAACGUGGAAUUUGUGCCCAUGGAAAUAUCCGUCACUUACGACAAUGUGGACGAGUACGUGCCAGCGCUGUGGGAGACAUAUGAACCACAGCUCAUGAUCCACGUCGGAGUAUCGAGUGUGGCCACAUGCAUAACCCUCGAGAAGCAGGCUCAUCGUAAAGGCUACAAGAGGACAGACUACUGUGACCAGCUCCCGGAGAACCACACCUGCCCCGCCGAGGGAGCCAUCAGGAUGCACACCAGGCUGGAUGUGGAACGGAUCUGCGAGGAGUUCAAUGACGGAGACGUGAUGAACACUAGUGCUGUCACAUCAUUGGAUGCUGGAAGAUACCUUUGUGAAUACAUAUACUACACCUCCUUAACACACGACAAUACAAGGACUCUCUUUGUCCAUGUACCAGACAUGGCCAUAUACCCCUCUGACGUCACAGCCAAGGCACUGGAGAAGAUCAUAGAGCUUUGUCUAGAUCAAAUCAGAGGAAAGGACAAUAUCAAAGACCUAUCAGACAAGUUGGAUGACGCUUGUGUGUGUGCUGAUAAUAAUGUUGAUAAGGAGAGAUCAUUGCAGAACUCCAGUGAUUGACUUUAAGAUAUUGUAGAGUUCAAUGCAUUUUUACCACAUGAUGUUGAGCAAAUAGAGUAUGUGAUAAGGAUAAGCUGAUAGGAGGCGUAGCUUUACUAAAACAUGGAAAUCAUAAAAAGCAAGGGUUCUAUGUACUUUAUAUAGUGUUUAGUCCUUCCUGGGAUGUCAAGAAACGAGAAUUGCCUGGCAAUGAUGGAACUUUGAAAAUGAUUAUAGCUUACUUAUCUAUUUUGCUUGUACUAGCCGAGACAUUAGUGCCUUGAUUCACGUACAUAGCAAAUUUUCCAGUUUUUACCUUUUGAGUAGCCUAACUUCAAGACAUUUCCAAAAACGCCAUUGUAAGAUUUUAUAGUAGUAUACAUACCUGCAUACUAUUAUAGACUAUAUACCAAUGUAUAGUGUGGUAGGUACCUAGCAUAGAAUAACAAGUACAGUAGUACUCGUUAUUCUAUGGUGCCUAGUGAUAUUCUAAUACCACAUAUUAAUGAUUAUGUGCAUGUUCUAUCUAAGUACCUUUCAUUAAGUAAGAUAUCUUACAGAAAUUUUACUAACUGUCGUCAUAUACUAAUAUCAAUGUGUUACGUGUUUUAAUUGUAAAUUAUUCAAUAUAAAAAUUGUUAUCAUAAACAGGA